GUUCAAGAAAACGGGUAAAGAAAAAACGCGGAAAAAUGGCGCCAGUCUGAUGUAGAGCAAAAAUCAACGAUUAUGGCUUUAUCUACACCGCUUUCCACGCCUAGACCCGUUCCCCUAUUUUUAUCCGAACCAGAAGUUUUAUCUACAAAAAAAGAUAGGGAUAAACGACAGCGAAUUGUGAGAGAAAUAACUGAACCUGCUCGAAGUGCACCGCCAGUUAGCCGAGUCAUACCACAGCGGAAUCGCCUGAUCUUAUCUCCAAAUGUUCAAGCUAAAAUUAAAGCUCUAAAUGUCUAUAAAAUAGGAUCGAUCGAAAACUUAAACAAAACUAAAUCGAUUUUGUCUGAAAAUUUUACGGUACUCUCUAAGCUCGGCUCUGGAAGUUUUGGUGAAGUUUACAAAGUUAGAAGUAAAGAAGAUGGUCAACUCUAUGCAAUUAAACGUACAAUUGACAGUUUUAAGGGUAAUUCAGAUAGAAAACUAAAAAUGAGCGAAGUGAUUAAAUACAGAAAGAUCCCAGUUCAUCCCAAUUGUGUCAAAUUUUAUACAGCAUGGGAAGAAAAUCGUCAUUUUUUUAUCCAAACGGAAUUAUGCCAUGCUAGUUUGGAUAAAUAUGUCAGUCAAUUAGACUGUAUACCAGAAAGUGAUCUUUGUUGCUGGCUCAUUGAUUUAUUGAAAGCUUUACAUCACUUGCACCGCCAUUUCCUUGUUCAUAUGGACGUUAAGCCUGACAAUGUGUUUAUUGGACAGGACGGAAUAUGUAAAUUGGGUGAUUAUGGAAUCAUGUAUGACUUAUCAACGGAUAAGGAAAAGGAUGCCCAAGAAGGAGACUGCAGAUAUUUAGCACCAGAAGUCAUGAAAGGAGUAUUCAAUACACCAGCUGACGUAUUUAGCCUCGGUAUGACCAUCUUAGAAUUAGCCGGUGAUCUCGAUCUUCCAAAUGGGGGAGAAGUUUGGCAUGAAUUGAGAUCUGGGAAGAUCCCUAGUAGAUUUAUAGAAGCUUACUCGCAAGAAUUUCGAUCCAUAAUUGAAUUAAUGUUGGACCCUAAUCCAAACUCAAGGUGGACUGCGGAAAAACUUUUAGCGCAUCCAUUCUUAAAUAAGAUGGCUAUUGACAGGCAAAAGCCUUUAAAUGAAUUAAAUGAUUCGUAUGAAAUUAAUGCGGAAUGCUUAAGAUCCCCUAGUGCUCCCGCCUCUUUUUCUAGUGACGAAGAGUUUCCCGUUCAAGAUAGUAAAAUUUGCAGAACAACUCCAAGUGGCGGGUUUAGACUGAAAAAUACAUUUGAUAAUGAUAACGAAGAUCAUGCCUUAGUCAGAAAUCUUCUCGAUGAAUUUUCAUCAGUUGACGAAUAA